UAAUGAGGAACUGAAAAGAGAGGGUUUUAGGGCAAAUCGAGUGAUGGAAGAAUUCGAGAAGAAGUUAUCGAUCAGAGACGACGGCCAAGAAGAAGAAGAAGAAGAUGCUGUGAAGGUUUCCACCGCUGAAUUACUUGGCGAAUUCCUCGGAAUCCAGCAGCGCAGGGCGGAAGCCUACGCCAAGCUCCGAUUGGGCUUCGCGCACUACAUGGACUCCUCUUCCUCCUCUGCUGAGUCCGCCUAUCAAACGCUUUGCGGCGACGUCACCCAGGAAUUCAAUGACUGCUCGAAACAAGUGCUUCACUUGGAAUCUCUUUUUCUGGGUCCUGAUUAUGGCCGCCUUGAUUUAGCCCAUCUCCUCCGAGCUGUUCAGACGCAGGAGAAGCAGAAAUUGAACCUGACGGCUACACUUCAGGUGUUGAAGAAGGCUGGUCGACCCUCGGAGCGGCUGGUGAGUCAUGAAAACUGCAGGUUUGAGAAACCAAUGGAGCAUCAGUGCGUGCAUCUCCAUGAGAUAACUGAAGCUGCUGGAACUGAAGAAGCAGAAGCCAACGCCCAGUAUGAUAAUGCACUCAAGGAAGCCAUUCGAGGGGUGCAGGAUUCUGUGACUGCGAUAAAUGAACACUUGGAAGAAGUCAGAUAUGAAAUUGCUGCCCUUGAAGCUGACUGAUUGUUUUCAUAUCUUUCGUGAACAAGUUUUGGUUGUACCGUUUCCAUUUCAUUUUGUAGUUCAGAAUUCUAUCUAGUUUUUCUUGGUUUCCUGCUUCACAAACUCUGCUCGUAUGUCAUAUUCAAAUUGUUCACUUUCGAUAAUCGAAAUAUUUUGCAUCAAAUUCCCCCUACAUUAGAUAACUCUGA